CGGCGCCGGAAGAGGGCGUGAAAACCGGCGCGGCCGUGUGCGUGCGCACUGCGGGACCACGCCCCCUCCCGGGACUUCGCGCCCCGCCGAACUCUCGCGAGAGCGGCAUCUGCGAGUCGGAACCUGCGGCAUUUCUCACUUUUCAUCAUGGCGCUGAAGGUGGCGACGGCCGCGGGCGGCGCUGUGAAGGCAGUGCUCAGGCCGGCCCUCCUCUGCCGUCCUUGGGAGGUUCUAGGUGCCCACGAAGCCCCCCGGAGGAGCUUCUCAGUGCAGUCUCCAGAGCUCGCCCACCCCUUCUCCCCUGAACCGUGCUAGACGGCGCCCCAGGGAAACAGCCCCAUUCCCCAGCAGAGCUUGUUCCUCCAGCCUUGACUGAUCUGUGUCUUCUUCCUUCCUGUCCCGCCUCUAGCAACAAACAAUUCCCCCGUCGGCUAAGUAUGGUGGGCGGCACACGGUCACCAUGAUCCCAGGGGAUGGCAUCGGGCCAGAGCUCAUGUUGCACGUCAAGUCUGUGUUCAGGCAUGCGUGUGUGCCUGUGGACUUCGAAGAGGUGCACGUGAGCUCCAACGCCGACGAGGAGGACAUCCGAAACGCCAUCAUGGCCAUACGGCGGAACCGCGUGGCCCUGAAGGGCAAUAUUGAAACAAACCAUAACCUGCCGCCAUCCCACAAAUCCCGAAACAACAUCCUUCGCACCAGCCUGGACCUCUACGCCAACGUCAUCCACUGUAAGAGCCUGCCGGGAGUGGUGACGCGGCACAGGGACAUAGAUAUCCUCAUCGUCCGGGAAAACACGGAGGGCGAGUAUAGCAGCCUGGAGCAUGAGAGCGUGGCAGGGGUGGUGGAGAGCCUGAAGAUCAUCACCGAGGCCAGGUCGCUGCGUAUUGCCGAGUAUGCCUUCAUGCUGGCCCGGGAGAGCGGGCGCAAGAAAGUGACGGCCGUGCACAAGGCCAACAUCAUGAAACUGGGCGAUGGGCUCUUCCUCCAGUGCUGCAAGGCGGUGGCAGCCCGUUACCCCCAGAUCACCUUCGAGAAUAUGAUCGUGGACAACACCACCAUGCAGCUGGUGUCCCGGCCCCAGCAGUUCGAUGUCAUGGUGAUGCCCAAUCUCUACGGCAACAUCGUCAACAACGUCUGUGCGGGGUUGGUUGGGGGCCCCGGCCUCGUAGCUGGGGCCAACUACGGCCACGUGUAUGCCGUGUUUGAGACGGCUACGAGGAACACAGGCAAGAGCAUCGCCAACAGGAACAUCGCCAACCCCACGGCUACGCUGCUGGCAAGCUGCAUGAUGCUCGACCACCUCAAGCUCCACUCCUACGCCACCUCCAUCCGCAAGGCCGUCUUGGCGUCCAUGGACAAUGAAAAUGUGAGGCUCCCACCCCAGCCCGGGUUGAGGGGCUGGAAAUGGCGACCUGGCACCUGUGCUGCCCCCAAGGUGGGGGGGUGUAUCAGGCAGAGUGGGGGCCUUUGGGGCCUUAGCUGGUAUUACUGCCCUCCUGGUGGCGCUCCCAGCCCCUGCAGGCCACGGGGCGCUGUGGGCAGCCCUGGGCUGCCUGCAGGCUAGGGCGCAGGUGUUGGCUGGGCCCCGCUGUGUGCCCAAGCUUCCCCGUCU